GUUAGCUGUCAGUUUUCAGCUCCCACACCUCAAUUUGAAUUAAAUGCAUAACUUAGUUUAGAAAUUUUGUUUGUGGUUCUGUUUCUUUCCCUCGGAAAUUUCGCUUUUUUUGAUUUGAAGCCAAAAAAAAGUAGAAAAGCAUAAUAAUACCAGAGCGAAAUCAAGAAGAAGCAAAAAUAGUUACAGAUACAGUUGAAAAUGCGCCGCGAAAGAAUUGCCGCCAUGUCUACAGAAGAGACGACAUCUCUCAGAAAUGCAGAAGGCAUACGAAAAUUCACCAACUUGAUGGAUCCACGCUUGGAUCAGCUGGUGGUGUACAGCUCCGUGCUGGAGCAUUUGCUGCAACAGAAGCACCAUUAUGAACAGGAGCGCGACAUGGAGCUGCUGCGCCUCGAGAGAUUCAGGUGCGAGGGUGCCAAAGCUAAUCGGAUACUCGUGCAAAUGCAGGUGGUAAAAAAGGUGCAGGGCAUGCUCCCAAAUAUUGUGUUCAAGUUGCGCAAUGAGUACGACAAAUUCGAGCGCUUUCUGCAUAGAGAGAAGGGACUCCAGAGCAUUAAUCUGUCUCUGUAUGACAAAGGUCUGCAGUUACUUAGCAUCUGCAAAAAGAAUCUAGAGCAGACUCUAUAGACAUGGUUGCACUCUCGUCCUCCCACACACAAGCCCCCCCCCC